CCACCUUCCCGGAUGUACACUAUGAUCCGCUGAACGAGGCAACAAAGGUCCAUCGUAGACAUCGAAAAUCGUCGAUUUACACCCACCAGGUGUGUGGGGAUGGCGUAUCCUAUGACGAAGUAUCGGGGUUUUAGAGUGAUCAGCCCACUGACGGUGCCCAAGUCUGAGGAGAGGCUCGCGCCGGAAGGAAAUGGACACAGCGGGACGUCAACACCUGUUGAUUACCCGGAUGGUGCGAAGCAGCAUUUCAAGUUCCGAACACAAGAUGAAGUAGCAAAGCUGAGAGCAGAGCUGGAAUACGAGAAAGUAAAGGUUCAACGUUUGGAGCGAGAGAAAACUCAACUCUCACGAGAACUACAGGAAGUUCGAUUAGAGAAAGACUGGGAAUUGAAUCAGAUGACUAAAGAAUUACAACAGCUUAACACUAAACUGAAGGACGAACAGCAAAGGAACACCGAGUUGAUGAACAUGUUGGUGGCAGAAAGACUCAAACAAGAAACUGAGAAAUCGAACCAGUCGUCACCCCAGAUGGCACCCAGUGAUGUGCGUUGGAAAGAAGACUUGGAGACGCAGUUGAGAAGGACAGAGGAAAGGUGUACGGAGCUCGAGAUUGCGUUGAAGUCUCUCGAAGAGAAAUCAAGCCAGCAGAAUGCAAAGAGUGUCAUUGACGGCUAUGUGCAACAGCUUGUUCAAGCGGCUGCAUCCGGAGAUUUAGAGACUUUGACUAGUCAUCUUGAGAGAGCUGAUAGCACGUCCGUGUCAUCUGCUGCACACACAGCAGAGACAGACGGAACGACUGCAUUGCAUGCUGCAUGUGAGACUGGAAACAGCGGGUGUUUGCAAGUGCUUUUGGAGGAUGGUGGCAAUCCGAAUGCCGUGAGACCGAAAGACAAGAUUAUGCCUCUACACCUGGCAGCCACAAAUGGUUAUAAGAGUUGUGUUGAGAUUCUGCUUGAGCAUAAGGUUGAUGUGAAUGCUGUUGACAAGCAGGGAUACACGAGUCUUUGUUAUGCGGCGGGAAAGGGGAGUGACGAAUGUGUGCAGUUGCUGUUACAGCAUGGAGCUUAUGUGCAGGCAGUUACAAAGGCUGGUCGAACACCCUUACAUCUCGCUGCAUCAGGCGGCUUUCGUCAGUGUCUCCAACACCUACUGAAUGCCGCACACUACCAAGGACAAACGAGUGAGCUAGUCAACCAUACGGAUCGAGACGGAUGGACAGCACUUCACUUGGCAGCUCGAUCAGACCAUAAAGGUUGCCUUUCAUUGUUGCUGGGAUGUACAGAGGUGUCUGUGAACGUGCAAGAUAACUGGGGACGUACGGCGCUAGACAUGGCCGCAUCCAACGAAUGCAAAGACAUUCUAAAAAUGAGAGCAGAUUCUCAUUGUCUGACGGUCCACUUGACGGGUAAACACGAAUCGCCCAUCGGCGUCAUUCGCGUGCAUCCGUACAACGAGUGGGCUGAUAUUGAUCAGUCGGUGGUGUCGGUUCUUGUCGAGUAUUCUCAGUUUAUGAGCGGCAAGCGGGUCAUUCCGGAUCUUGCCGUUGAGAUGCCAAAAUUUUUGCCGAACAUCAUGCUGGAUGAUGUUGACAGCGGCAUGAGAAAACUCCUCCAUCAUUCACCUCACUUGACACGACACAAGACGGACAGUGUCUUGACUCACGUGCCUGUUAGUCAACCGGCUGUGGGCAUUACUGAUGAUGUGGGAGUCAUGACGUCAGGAGGGCAGAGUGAUGAAGAGUUUAAGCUUGGUUUGGAUUCGGUGAAGCUUUGUGAGGCGGGAGAAUUAAUGUGGACGAUUGGUGAUGCACCGUUAGCGUCUAGUAGUGGUGGUGCUCAGGAAGACGUUCUUGGAGUUUUGCCGCCGUUUGUUGCAUUUAGAGAGUCGUCGUUGCAACUGACUGUGCAUCUGAAAGACAUGCUGCAUGAUGGACAGCUGGACCAACUAGCAUCCAAUCUCCUAAUCCCAAUCAAGAGCCUGGACACAUACCUCCAUCUGUUGGAAGACAGCAAGGCAGUUGUGUUGUGUGGUCCUGCUGGCACAGGAAAGAGUUACCUUGCACAGCAGCUUGCCACGGCAUUGAAGGAAAAACUGAGUCACAGUGGAAGUCCAGAAGGUGAAAUAACACACGUGGCACUAAACAGUGGAUUUACUCGCUCGAAUCUUCUUUACCUGAUGCACACCAAAGGGUUUCUUGUUUCAGCAGAGAAACAGACAGGUGGAGAGUUGAGCGUUAGUGCAAGGAAAGCUCCGUCGAUUGUGAUCCUGGAUAAUCUGGAGAGAGUGUCUGUGUGUGAUGUUUUUGCGGAGGUUCUGACGGCGCUGAACUAUCGAGGACCGAAGAAUAGUUUGUGGCUUGGUGCCGUGUGUCAGACUGGAGAGCAUGGAAAGAUGGAGAUGUACCAUGAAGGACGAUAUUAUCUCAAGCAGUCGGCGUAUUUUAUUGCUACGAUGGACAAGCAUGGGUCAACAGAAAUGGAUGUGAGCAUUCAUUCGUACUUUAAAUGGAUUGCUUGCCGUUUCGAUGUGGAUCCAGUCAAAAAUUUAUUACAGAGAGACUUGAGACAGAAAGUACUCGCUGUAGGUCUCGGAAGACUGCCAUCAAGUCGAGAUGAAUUGUUUCGGUUGACUGAGUGGGUGUGGAGAGUGUGGCAUAGAGUAAACACAUGCGCUGCUCUACUGGAGCUUCCAGAGCUUCUAUUGGGUAUGAAACUAUUCGCGUCAUGUCCAGUGGAGAAGAGCGAUGGCAAAGCUAUUAUGCAGUGGUUUACUGAUCUCUGGAAUUUUGGCAUUGCUCCGUGUGUGCAAGAUGUUGUGCUGAGAAAUGGCCGAUCAUCUAGAAUUGUUGCAGGUCAUCAUGUGAUGUCUUCGUCUGUUCUGUUGGCUAUCAUUUAUAAAGCAAUUCUUCCUGAGUGUCCAUUAGAAUCAGCAGAACUUCAGCAAUUUGUUAAAAGUUUAGUCGGAUACAGUGAAGGUCAUCAGCUUCUUCAUGAUCUUAAACACCAAAUUGGAAAGGAACCUUCUCGUGUUCCACAAUCUCCAAGGAAACAACGGAAGACACCCUCACCUAUUCAUGUGAGAAAACUGUCCAGCGUGCAUGAGGGACGUCAGGACUUACAUGAUGGUAAGCCAAUUGUGGCACCUAAACCUGCAAAGGAGAAGUACAGGCCAACUCAAAGUCGAGAUGAAUUGAGUGAAAAUCCUUUUGUAAUAUCUCCAUCCAAAGAACGACAAAAAUAUUCUUCUUCUGAAGAGGAAGUGAAGAGCACAAAAACGAGUAAUCCAUCAUCUCCACCAUUUACUGAAACAAGUUCAGGUGGUAGUGAAAGUCCAGAUAAGAAGAAGUCUUAUGAAGAAAGAGAGAUAAAACGCACGUCAAGUUGGGCAGGUGACUUUGCUCGGCGGCUGUUUGGUCGACUGAAACCAAAAAGUCGUAGUAAGCUGCCUCAUCGUAUCAAAGAGGAAGAAACAACUAAGUCUAGUUGUGAACCAGUGGCAGCACUUAAUGCAUCUGAAGAGCAAGUUCCCAAACAGAAACGGAAGCAGAAACAUUCAGCUGUUGUAGUUGAUGUAAAAUCACCAGAAGAGCAGGAUGGCAAGCAUGAAAUCACAGAGCCAAAAGAAAGUCAUCAGACAUUACCAGAGGUGAGAGCAAAGCAUUCUGUGACUUCAGAAACAAGAGAGGGUCGUCUCACAUCAGAGCCAAGAGAAAGUCAUCGAGCAACAGAGUCAAGAGUGCAUCAAUCAAUGAUUCCAGAAUCAAGAGAGGCUCAUCUCACUAUAGAACCACAAAAGUCUCAUCUAGCGGCACUGGAACAAAAAACAAAUCUAUCAAACAGACCAGAAGCAAGAGAAAGUCGCUUCACUUCAGAACCAAGGGAGACUCGUCUACAUUCACCUCAAGAGUCUGUAUCAAGUAGGGAAAGGAGAAGUGGUGUAGUCAACAGUCCAAUGGUGAGACUGGCAUCCUCUCAGAGUCGAGGCAGUAGACAGCAGCAUUCAUCACCAACAUGGCGAGAUCGCAAUCUUGAUCGAGGUCGUCGAGGCGGUUCAUUUCGACUCAAAUCUUCAUCUGGAGAACUAGACAUGCCACAUCGAAUUGAAAUGCCACCAUAUCGACCUCGUGCUAAUAGUGAUGUUAGUCUGUUCAACCAACCAUCAAGUUUCAAACCAAACCAAGCAAAAGAAGGCAGAGAAAGAGUAGGACACUUAGCGUUUUUAGACAACCUUCCUGAAACUAAAGAUCUGACAAAAAACAAAGUUGUUACAGUUGCUGAUGUUCAUGUCGGAGGUGCAUCUUCCAUACCUCUCCCUGUAAAGACUCAGAGGUCAACAUCUCAUGUAUUACAAUCCCAGUACAGUCCUGUGAAGAGGGGAGCUUCGGAUUCUAAGGAAAAAACAAGGACUGUGUCGUUGUUGAGCUCUGUCUCGAAUUCUGGUCCACCAAAGUUGUCAAAGCCUGGACGAGUAGCAAGAACAUCUCAAGUGUAGUAACAUUACAUUGUAGGACACAGUCAAUGGGCUUUUGUUAGGUAGGUGAUAUAGUAUUAGACAGCAGCAUUAGAGACAUGAAAUUAAUUAGUUAUUUCGGAGACAACAAAUUGUGUUUGCUUUGUAGAUUAGAUACAAAGUGUGUUGGAAAUGUGUUUGCAUAGUAAGAAGCUUGAUAGAUUCAUUUAUAGUUUCAGAUCUAAUUUAUGUAAUAAAUUUAUGGUGUAUGAUAUCACAA